AAAAGCUUGAUUGUUAUGUGCAUUCUAUAGUGAGUUUGAUGUAGAUUACGAUGAUGUAUUUAGAAUUGCAAACGGAUGACUGUGGUGUGAGAAAUCUAGAUUUGAACAUUUGAUCCAAAACCCUAAGUGCUUCGAUUCGGUUGAUGUGAGAACUUUUAGGAUAAAUGGAUAUGAUAUUUGGAUUGUAGGUAGAAAGACCUUUCCAACGGAUAUGGCCAUGUCCAUUUUCGUUAGCUUUGGAUGUUCGUCCAUUUUUGUGAAUUUCUGGAAAUGCUGCUUGUGGAAGACGAUGAAACAGUAGCUUUUGAUCCAAAAUUUCAGUUUGAAAAUUUAAAAUUAGUGUUUCCCGCCAUUGCCUGUAAUAUUUACAGAAAUGCUACUGCAAUUUUGUUUAAUUAUUAAAAAUGUUUAACACAUUAAAAAAUUCAGAAAAAAUAGUAAAAAAAAUCAGAAAAAUAUGAGAAAAAUUUUGUUGACUUCCUUGGUUUGUGUAGGUUUUUUUUGACCUAUUGGUCAAAGUUGUGCUUGGCAAUUUUUUUAGUUGACCUAGGGUUUUCCAUUGUAUGUCCAUUUUUGAUACAUGUUUGUAAUUUGAUCAUGAAAUGCUCAUAAUGUAGAAUAAAUUCUUGAAAAUUUUUGUGGUGGUUCUUGACUCAUUGAGGAUUAUUUAUAUGUAAAUUUCAUGAAUUUUGGAUACCUGGUUAGAGAGCAGCAAAUUCUGGAACUUAGGUGUGACAAUUUGUGUCACACCUCAUUAUGUCAACUUGCAGGAUUUUUUCGAGUGACCUAUACAUGUUAGAAUUGGCUGAAAUUUUGCAUGAUGGUUAGUUAGCAUGUUAGGAUGUUGUAUGAAUUUUUGUAGAAUUUUUCACUGCAUUUUCAAUUUGAUCAUGAUUUUUCAUUUCUGGUGGUUGAAUUUGCAAGCUCAUGUGACACAUGUUGGUAGAUUGAUUGGGAAAUCCUCAUAUUGUAUUGUAUGGCCAUGAAAUUUGAUAUGCAUGAACUAGACACGUUGUGUGACCUCCUUGUUUUGGUCUCAUCCAUUUCUUUUUUGUUUUCAAUGAGAUAUGAAUUUUUGAAUUGGAUGUAUGCAUUGAUGGUGUGAAUUGAAGCAUGAAAUUGUGUCUGUUUUUGUUGAUUUUCAUUGACAUGGUUUCAUUUGCCCAAUUGAGCUCAAAUUUGACAUGGUAGACCUUGAUUGACCCCUGUUUAGGUGUAUUUAAUUUGAGAAUUUUUGGAUUUAUUUUGAUAGGGAUUUGAAUGCAAUACUUCUGUUUGUAUGCUUGGUGCUUCAUUUGAACCAAUGUGCCUUGUUUUGUGCAUGAAUUGAACAUGAUGAAUGAUAUAAACAUGAGACCAAGGAUGUUUGCUCUUGUUUGAUGUUAAUUUGAGAUUGGUUGGUGAAUGCCUUGCUGUUUAAGGAUUUUUUCUUGUUUUGGACCCUAGGCUUGGCCUAGUGGUCUAGUUGCUAAUAUUUGCUUGAUUUUUCAGGAUCAAAAAGGCAAUGCAUAUGGAGAAUGAUUCAAAUUAACUUUAAUUGAUGUUGUUGAUGUUUGUACACUAACAUAAUUGUGUUUUGCAGGUUGUGAAGCAUAGGCUUGAGCCUUGGCUUGCUUUGUUUGUGCAUAGCUUGUAUAGUUUGUCUGAUUGAACUUGCUGUUUGAUUUUGUCUGUCUGGGUACUAACUGUGUUUGACUGUUUCCAGGUACUUUAGUUGCUCAGUUCCUUGUGAACUAUUGCUUUGCUUUGCUUUGCAUAAGCAACUUGCAUUGAGGAAUCAUUGCUCGUGCUCGCAGAGCUGUACCUUUGCACUCAACCCGUCCUCACAGAUACUUCACCAGACGCAAUACUCCUCGACUGAUGGAUCCUCCCAACGCUGACAUCCUCGAACUGAAAGAGAAGAUGGGAGAGCUGAUCAAUGUCAUGCAAGAGUUCACCUUGGGGCAGAAAGUAAUUGCCGAAAAGGUGGGGAGGAUUGAAGACUGGCUGAAGAUGGGGAACAUGCAAGAAAACGCUUCGUCAUCUGGACCGAAGAAAUCUUUUGGUAAUGACCAGCACAAGGAUGAGGGUGAAUCGAGUGCUGUGUACGCCCAGAGAGGACACGGUAGGGGUCGUUACUACCAGCACACCGCUGCGGUAACUAUUCCUGCUGACAAUCAGCCUGCACAACAGCAACAGCAGCGUCAGCCAUUUCAGCGGAGGUCUCCGAGGGUAGGAUAUCCAGUCAGGAGGAGGAUGAGUGAUCGGCAUUUUGACAGGCCGCCUGUGACAUACUCUGUCCUAUUGAAAAAGCUGAAAGAUAUGGGGGUGGUACAGUUGAGGACUUUGGCACCUAUGGGACCUGAUCAAAGGCCAGCCAAUUUUGAUGAAAAUGUCAAAUGUGAAUUCCAUUCGGGUGCUCCCGGGCACAGUGUAGAGGACUGCAAAGCUUUUAAGCACGUAGUCCAAGACCUGGUGGAUUCCAAGGCCCUCAAUUUUACAUUGUCAUUGAAUGCUGAUGCCAAUCCCAUGCCGGCGCAUGGACAGGCGAUGGUGGGUGCAAUUGCUGAAAAUUCAGAUCGCGCCUGUGUGGUAGGUGGAGAGACUGACAGUGACUGCAAGUUCAGUGGUUGGAUAAAGCCGUGCGUACCAGGAAGCUGGAAGGCUUAGAAAGAUCAGCACUGUCACUCAUUCGGAAGAGUAAUGAUUUCUGUUUUGAUUUUAUCUGCAUGAAAGCCAUACGUGUUGCCCGACACGUAAUGGUCCAUUGUAAGGGCCACCUCAUGUUUAAAUUUGCAU